CCGCCGCCGCGGCCCGCGAGGUAAAAGAACAGGUGGCACUGUCGGGAGGAAAUGGAUCCCUCCCCGGCCCCAGGUCCCACCCGGGUCCCCACUCCAACCCCCACUCCGACCCUGGCCUCGGCCGAAGAGCACGUUCCAGCAUCUAUUGCCAGUCUGCGAGAACAUUAUUGUAAUCUGUGUGCGGAAAAGUCCCAGAAAAUUAAUCCUUUUAUAUUGAAUAUACUCCAGGAAGUGGAUGAAGAAUGUAAAAAGGGAUUGGAGAAAGGAAUCAUAUUAAACAUUGCUGGUAACAAUCGCCUAAUGCCAGUACAAAGAGUAACAGGUGAAGAUUUUUGGACUCUUUCCAGAAUUUUAAAGAAAAAUCCAUAUAUUAUUGGUUUGGAUGUUAGAUAUAAUCUCCUCAGUCAUGUAGGUGCAUACUAUGCUGCAAAACUGCUUGAGAAACAACUUAAUAUCAUUUAUUUAAACCUUAUGUUUAAUGAUAUUGGGCCCGAUGGUGGAGAAUUGAUUGCUAAAGUGCUACAUAAGAAUACAACUCUGAAGUACCUAAGAAUGACUGGAAACAAGAUUGAAAAUAAAGGUGGAAUGUUUUUUGCUGCAAUGCUACAAGUUAAUUCAUCCUUGGAGAAAUUAGAUCUGGGAGACUGUGAUCUUGGAAUGCAAAGCGUGAUAGCAUUUGCUACAGUAUUAACUCAAAACAAAGCAAUUAGAGGAAUAAAUCUAAACCGUCCUAUAUUGUACGGCGAACAGGAAGAGUCCACAGUCCAUAUAGGCCACAUGUUAAAAGAAAAUCACUGUCUUGUGGAACUACAUGUGUGUAAGCAUGAUAUAAAAAAUUAUGGUAUAAAACAGUUAUGUGAUGCACUGUAUCUGAACACUAGCCUACGCUACCUUGAUGUCAGCUGCAAUAAAAUAACUCGUGAUGGAAUGGUGUAUUUGGCUGAUGUACUGAAAAGCAACACUACCCUGGAAAUAAUAGAUCUUUCUUUUAACAGAAUAGAAAAUGCAGGAGCAAGCUAUCUCAGUGAAAGUCUUACUUCACAUAACAGGACUCUUAAAGUGUUGUCAGUAGUUAGCAACAACAUAGAGGGAGAAGGUCUUGUUGCACUUUCACAAUCAAUGAAAACAAAUCCCACACUCACUAACAUCUACGUUUGGGGAAACAAAUUUGAUGAGGCUACAUGUAUGGCAUAUUCAGACUUAAUUCAAAUGGGCCGUCUACAACCAGACAAUACAGAUGUGGAACCGUUUGUGGUAGAUGACCAUGUUUAUCUUGCAGAAGUCUCCAAUGGACUUAAAAAACAUUAUUAUUGGACACCAACUUAUGGAGAAGCUUAUGGCCACUCAUCUAAUGCAGGUUUUGCCCUUGUACCAAUAGGUCACCAUCUAUGAAAAACAAGUUCAAAUAUAUAUUUGUCUUAUUACUUUCACAGUCCACAGUCAUCAAUAUUUUAUUGCCUGUUAAAUUCAUUUUCUUUCAUAAUUAGGACAAGUUAUUUUUAUCAAAUGUGUAAAAGAUAUUAGCUAUAUCAAACUUUGUGUAUUUGUCCAUUGUGUGAAACUAAGUAGUGUAAUAAGAAAUUUUACAAAGUAGAGACUAAAAUUUUAACUCUGGAGAAAGAGACCAAAGAACUGGACUAAUUUCUUUUUAUAAUAAAAAUAUAACCAAGUAGUGAAACAGCAUAAAAGAAAAGGUCAUUCCAAGGAUCCUAACUCAAAAUUGCUAUGAAGUAGUAAAAAGGUUUCAGGUGGCAGACUCCCAGUGAAUUUCAACCAGUUUCAAAGUUUAGAAGUUGAGAAAGUAUUCUAUAUAUCCUAUUUGUGUAUUAUACACUAGUGUUAAUAGUAGUUUCACAAAUACAGGUAAAUAUAUAUAAACAUAUAUAUACUCCUUUCCAAACAAGUCAGUGCUACCAGUUAACUUUUAGUGAAAUAGAAAUUAGGAUAGUUCUCUGUUGGAACGUGCCAGUUAACAUUUUAAUGAUAUGAUGGCAAAUUGCUCUUGUCCAUGGCCAGUCUUGUUUUCAAAUUAAGAUGAGGAGGCAAUGAUGUAAUGAUUCCUUGAUUACAGACCUAUCUUCACCGCCAUUUUUAUUACUCAUACACAUCAAGAGGAGGCUGCUUAAUCUGAAUGAUUUAUUACUGUCCCAAGCCAAAGUAUGAAAAAAAUGUGUGGAAAUUGAAAAGUACUUUAAGUUGGUAAGUUUCUGUAGUCUCAAAGAAAAUACCAUCUACCUCUAAAUGUUGAGUUCAAGGAGGUGGUAUGAAGAAGGUGGCCAAAUCUACAGUUAUAAAUUGUGAGUUCCUCAAAUCAUAGUUGUAAUUAUUCCAAAAAUCUAACAUCAAAAACAAAAACACAUCUGCCACUGUUCAUUCCUUUAGUAGAAUAAACAAUUAAGAGAAAUAUCCCAACUCAUUAUUUAAUGACUUAAUGAUUUUUAAAGUUUAACAGAUCUUUACUCAUAUUCAGCACCACUUUUUCUUAGGAGGCUGGUUAUGAAAUGGAAAGGACAUUUGAAUAAAUUGUAUGUGGCAUUAUUUUCACUUAACAUUACAAAGUCAUUGAGCCAGAUAAGACCUAAAUAAAUGCCUUCCAUUCUCAUGCUUUCAGAGAGCUGAAUAUGAAUCAUCCAGGACAGAUGGUUUAUAUUGUAGGUCUUUGACAAAGUCUGUUCUGAAAAAAAAUCUUAAAACAUCUGAAACUGG